AUCGCGCCAAUUCUGCUGCAUUUAAACCAAGCUUCAAUUCUUCUCUCUCUCCCUCCAUAAUUCAAGCAUCACUUAGUUUCAUUCGAAUGCCAUUUAUUUACCGUUGCUUUCCCUUUUUAAUUACCAAUUGAUUAAUUAAUUCAUUUCUAACUAACCAUGUUACUGAUUAAUUCCGUUUCCUGGAUCGACCUUCUCUGUUCCGAGUUUCCGCUCUUAUAUACAGUAACUCAUAAGCGAACCUGUUGCUUAUUUUUAUUUUUUCAAUCUGCUGUUUGUUUUUAUUGAAUCUACUUUAGCGGUUCACUUUGUUAGGAGGAUCUCAAUUAGAGACAGUUGAUGUGUUUUAGCAAGUUAGUUAAUAUAUUUUUCCCCUAUAAUUACCUCUUUGUAUUGCCUUUUCAGCUACGGGUAUUUUGAAUUUGAAGGUUAGGAAUUAGGAUGUUAAUACGUGCUUGCUAAUCAUUGAAAAACAGUUGAGUUGAGCUUUAGUUAAAGCAAACUCAAUUUAGUGGGAAUUUGUGAAGAAGAGAGCACAGGAUUCAUCUGGAAAAUUUUCCUUACUUUUCUCGAUAGAUUUGAAUUCAAAGUUACUAUCAGUUUGUGACAAGUUGCUUUACUUUCAAGACUACAGUGUUUCUUUUUACAAUUCUAUAUAAGGAUGCAUGCUUACAGUGGAAUUUUAUGAUUGAAUGCCCUGUAAUUGAUGGCUGGAAGUUUUAAGAGGACAACUGAAUUGGUGGAGGCAAUAUUAGACAAGGAGAAUUUCACUUUGGAAGAGCUUCUGGACGAAGAGGAAGUGAUCCAAGAAUGCAAGGCCUUAAACAGUCGUCUUAUCAACUUUUUGAGAGAUCAAGUCCAGGUUGAGCAAUUGUUACGGUACAUUAUUGAAGAACCACCAGAAGAUGCUGAAAAUAAACGGGCCUUCAAGUUUCCAUUCAUUGCCUGCGAGAUUUUUACAUGUGAAAUUGAUGUCAUUUUGAAGACCUUGGUUGAUGAUGAAGAGCUGAUGAACUUAUUAUUCUCUUUUUUGGAGCCUAAUCGCUCACAUAGUACCUUGUUGGCUGGCUACUUUAGCAAGGUUGUUGUUUGCCUAAUGAUUCGAAAGACAGUGCCACUUAUGAAUUAUGUUCAAGCCCAUCAAAAUGUUUUUCGCCAACUGGUUGAUUUGAUUGGAAUUACAUCCAUUAUGGAGGUUUUGGUUCGAUUGGUAGGCGCUGAUGACCACAUGUAUCACAAUUUUAUAGAUGUGAUGCAAUGGUUGGCUGAGAGCAACCUGCUUGAGAUGAUUGUUGAUAAAUUGAGUCCAUCUAGUCCUCCUGAAGUUCAUGCCAACGUGGCUGAAACAUUGUGCACAAUAACUCGAAAUCCCUCAUCUUCUCUAGCAAUUAAACUUUCAAGCCCAAGUUUUGUUGCCAAAAUUUUGGAUUAUGCACUGGAAGAUUCACAAUCGAAGUCUAGCCUUGUGAACUCAAUUUCAGUGUGUGUUUCUUUAUUGGAUCCCAAAAGAUCUGCUAUAUCAUCUCCCCUUUUUCAUUCAUUUCGAAGUCAACACAUGUAUGAGCCACCAAUUCCUGUAAACCCAGACACUAUUGGUGCUAUGCUACCUAAACUAAGUGAAUUGCUUAUGCUUUUGAAUGUAUCAUCUGAUGAAAAAGUAUUACCUACAACAUAUGGAGAAUUGAGACCUCCACUCGGGAAGCAUCGUUUAAAGAUUGUUGAGUUCAUUGCUGUCCUUCUGAAAACUGGAAAUGAAGUGGCAGAAAAUGAAAUGGUCAAUUCAGGAACCAUUCAACGAGUCAUUGACCUCUUCUUUGAGUAUCCAUAUAAUAACUCCUUACACCAUCAUGUAGAAAGUAUCAUAUUAUCUUGUUUGGAGAGCAAAACUGAUGCCAUUGUUGAACAUCUUCUUCGAGAGUGUGAUUUAAUUGGAAGAUUUCUCCAAGCAGACAAACGUUCUAUUCUCUCUUCUGACAUAAAUCUGCCAACAGUAACUGCUGCUGGAAAACAGGCACCACGGGCAGGAAACAUUGGGCAUAUUACUCGAAUUGUUAACAAACUUGUUCACCUGGCACAUAAUCGAAACCUCAUACUGACAUGUCUUCAGGAAAAUAGUGAGUGGAAUGAAUGGCAAGCUUUAGUUCUUCAGGAGCGUAAUGUAGUUGAGAAUGUUCACCGUUGGGCUUGUGGACGUCCGACUGCUUUACAAGAUAGGAUGAGGGAUAGUGAUGAUGAUGACCUUCAUGACAGGGACUAUGAUGUUGCAGCUCUAGCAAAUAAUUUGAGCCAGGCUUUUAGAUAUAAAAUUUAUGGGAAUGAGGAUAAUGAGGAGGAACGUGGCAACCUUGAUCGAGAUGAUGAGGAUGUCUACUUUGAUGAUGACUCUGCUCAAGUAGUCAUAUCAUCCCUCAGACUCAGUGACGAUCAAGGGAGUAGUCUGUUUACAAACUCCAACUGGUUUGCAUUCCAAGAUGACAGAAUUGGUGGUGCAACUGGGGGAACAUCAUCGGAGAUGAUGGAUGAGAUAAACUUGAAUGGUGCUGCAAAUGGUGGCAACAGUAGUGAUGAUGAGGUAGUGGUUGGAGAGGAUGAAGAAUUGGAUGAAAGCAAAAAUAAUCUGAAUGGUACAUCUAGCUCAAGCACAAACUUAAAUGGGAUAACUGGUAGUGAUUCCAUGAAUGGAGACACCUUGAACUUUGAAAGCAAAAAGGCAAGCGCUUCACAUGAUAUGGGAUUCUUCAGGUUUGAGGCAUCGGACAAUGAAGAGUUGUUUGGGGACAGGCCUUUGCCUGACUGGGUGGGAUGGGGUGAACCUUCAGACAUGCAAGAUGCAGGGUCAAGCAAGAAUCCAUUUAUAGAUCAUGAUGAUUCUUCUGGUAGCGACCUUUCUACUACCAAACCUCAAAUAGGUAGCCCUAAUCCUAGUCCUCCUUCGAAUGGGGAAUCUGUUCCUUCAAACAGGUCGCCAACUAAAGAUUCGAUUGAUGGGGGUGUUGAUUUGAAUCAAAGAGCAGUAGCAGUACCAUCACUCUUUGAAGAAGAUGUUGAAUUUGUAGGUGUAGAAUUAGAAGGUACUGAGAAGGCUAUGGAACAGGCUCUGAAAGAAGGGAUAGUUGGGGAGGCAGGACCAUUGAAAAGAAACAUGGUCUCUAAAGUGCCAGAAAAGGAAAGUACUGACGAGGGUGGUCCUGGAAUAAAGGAAUUCAAUGAUGCAAAUUACUGGAGGGUUGACCAGGAGGUUGCUGUUCUAGAGUGACGGAUGGUAACUCUUGCUUGUUUGUAUCAAAAGUUAGACCAACACCAGUGGACCCUAUUCUUGGUUCGCAGGAGCGAAUGCAGCACAUUAAUGUACAGUAUAUUUUUGUUUCAAUUAUGCCUUCUUUCUGUUGUUCACGCUUAUUAGACAUUUGCGUAUUAGAGAUUAAGCUUGUUUUUAAUUCUAAGUUUUGCCCCUUCCUGUAAGUGAUUUAUGGGUUUUCCCACAUUUAUGGAAUUUAGUCUGCUUUUAAUUUUGAUGAUACCUUGCUAUCAGGGAUUUUUAAAUUCGUUACGAGGACGCUCUGCUUAAUCUGUGUAUCGUAACUGAACUGUGGUGUAGUGAAUUCUUUGUCAGUGUC